CGUAAAUUCCAGGAACUCACAAACGCAGAGUGCCUUUAAAUCAAGAAAACUGUAAUUGAUCAUAUCCAACGAUGGAAACCCAGAUAGUAUUCCAGAUUGGUUCCCAUUUCCGAGCAUUCAAAGAUGGUCAUAUUGAGAGAUUCUUUGGCACAGACAUAGUUCCUGCAUCAACAGGCACUACCGUCUCAACCAAGGAUGUCCAGAUUGUGCCAGAAACAGGGGUCUCAGCGCGCGUAUUCAUCCCAAACUCAGUCAAUCCAGAUCAAAAGCUGCCUCUCCUGGUCUAUUUUCAUGGCGGAGCGUUCCUCGUUGGUUCACCAUUUUGUGCUGAAUAUCACAACUUUGUUUCUUCACUGGUAGCCCAAGCCAAUGUCGUCGCUGUGUCUAUUGAAUACAGAUUAGCUCCAGAAAACCCUGUCCCUAUAGCAUAUGAAGACUCAUGGGCUGCACUCAAAUGGGUUGCUUCACAUGAUGGCGGUGUAGGCCAUGAAUCUUGGCUCACAGAUUAUGCUGAUUUCAGCCGAGUUUUCGUCGCCGGCGACAGCGCAGGAGCCAACAUUGCUCACAAUAUGGCACUCCAAGCAGGACUAGGACAAGAUCUGUGUGGGGUGAAGUUAUCUGGGAUUUGCUUGAUUCACCCUUAUUUUGAGAGAAAAGGUGCAGAUUCUGUGAAUGAAUGCUGGGCCUAUGUUUGUCCAACAACGAGUGGGAUUAAUGACACAAGAAUUAACCCAUUUGUGGACUCUAGAUUGUGUAUGCUGGGCUGUGGUAAGGUCUUGGUUUGCAUUGCUGAGAAAGAUUUUUUGAGAGGGAGAGGGUUGUCUUACUAUGAGACAUUGAAGGAGACUAGCUGGGCUGGAGAGGUGGAGAUUUUUGAGACUGAAGGGGAAAAACAUGUUUUCCACUUGUUCAACCCAGGUUGUGAUAAGGCUGUGGCUUUGUUGAAUAGGUUGUCUUCUUUCUUAAAUCAAAUUAGUUAGGGUGUUUUAGCCUUUUAGGGUUCUGUCCUUCCAAGUAUUUUUGUGGGUUCUCUUUGUAUGUCUAAGAGGAAUAAUUGGCAUGGAAUAUGUUGAUUUCCUAUAAAUCAAUCACCAUGCAACAUCCAUGGAUCUAAUAAAAAUAACAAAAAUCGAUAAAUCCAAUAUGUAAGAACAUGAAAGUGGCAGGAUUUUGCAAGAA